AUUGCAAAAGAUCAAGUGUGCAAAAAACCGUACAAAAUUAAAUAGACAAAAUGUCGCUAUUCGGCUCAUUAAUGGGUGAUUUCGAUGAUGAUAUCUUCGGAAGCCACAUGAAUGCCAUGAACAUGCAAAUGCGUUCCAUGAAUCGGCUAAUGAAUUCCCUGAUGCCCGAUCCAUUUAAUAUGUUGACACCAUUCGAUCCUGGCUUUCAGCAGAAUGCCUUAAUGGAAAGACAAAAUGGACCAGCAAUGGGUGGUCUAUUCGGUUUCCCAGCCAUGGGACCAAUGAUGAUGCCCAAUAUGAAUCGUUUGCUAAGUGCAGAUAUUGGCAACAAUGGUGGCGCCUCAUUCUGUUCCAGCUCCGUCAUCACCAUGUCCUCCGGCCCUGAUGGACGACCACAAAUCUAUCAAGCUACUAGCAGUACUAAAACCGGUCCCGGUGGCAUACGUGAAACACGUCGCACCGUACAGGAUUCAGUGAAUGGUGUUAAGAAAAUGGCUAUUGGUCAUCAUAUCGGCGAACGAGCACACAUUAUUGAAAAGGAACAGGAUAUACGUUCCGGUCAACUGGAGGAACGUCAAGAAUUUAUAAAUCUUGAUGAAGAUGAAGCGGAAGAUUUUGAUCGUGAAUUCACCACUAAGGCAAGUGGUGGUCGUAUGGGUGGUGGACACAGGGCAAUUGGUGGUAUACCCGGUGUUGUGCCACCACAUCAACAGACCUUGACCAUCGAACCGUUGGAUGAUGAUGACGAUGAUGAGGUUAUUGAAACAACGGGAGCUGCUGCACCUCACAUCAGUCAUCCACACCAGAGACCAUCGUCGUCGUCUUCGGGAUCACAUCAACGUAGAUACUUGCCAGCAUUACCUGCACCACCACAACAACCACCAUCAUCACAUCAAAAUAGCUCCAACUCCUCCUCUACCACCACUACAACAACAACAAAUGAGUCAAGACAAUCGACGGAUAAUGCCACGACAUCAUACAACAAAUCUAGAAUUGAUACCACGGCUGGACGCCAUGGAGCGGCUACAUCCACUAACAACAUCAGCAACACUUCGUCGUCGUCAUCGUCACCAUCGCCGUAUAUUUCAACAACACCCCGACGUUUAUCUGCCUAUCGCAGUGGCAGCAGCCAUAUUGGUGGUGUCUCACCACGUCGUCCCUUAAGAACACCGCCAUCAUCGCCAUUGGCCACAACACCAACAAUGCAUAAUCACAGUACCACAUCGUCGCCAAGCGUUCAUCCACAUCCCUAUAAUACAACAGCGGCCAGACGUUCGCAUCACCAUCAUCAUAAUCAUCAUCACCACCACCAUCAUCAUCGUUCCAAACAACAUGGUGGCGGCAACAAGCACUCCACCACCAGCAAUUCUCCAGGAGCAGCAGCUGCAGCAACAACCUCAAAUAGUAAUAAAACAUCAUCGUCAGCAGACCACAAGGAAGAAUCUAACAAUUAA